CUUAGAUCAAAAUUUUAUUGACUAACUUCAGGGUAAUGUCAAUGUCAACUACAUCGGCCAAAUUUGAAAACAUUAAAAAAUUUGGAAAAAGUAUUUAUUUACAAAACAAUGAUUAGAUGAUAAAAGGCAAAUGGAUAAUCCAGGAAUAAGUUUAUUUCAAGGAGCAGACAUUAAUAUUAAUAACUCUCAAAACAAUGAAGAGGAGGAAGAUUUGGAAGAUCAAAUUCGACGAAAGGAAGAGUUGCAAAAUUUAAUACAAGCAAAUUUAGAUGAUUUUAAAUACGAUGACAGCACAAUAAAUUCUUCUGCCAACAUUUCACUAGCUUCUGUUGACAAUUUUGAACAGACCUAUAAAGAUGCAAUUACUCCAAAUGAACAGUUGCAAGUUUUAUAUCAAGUGAGGGUGAGGGAAAUUCAAAGUUUAAAGGAGGAAUUCAACAAACACAAAGAAAAAUCAAAAGAAGAAAUUGACUCCUUAAAGCAUAAAAACAUUUUAUUAGAAGCUGAAUUAAGACAAACAAAAGUUUCUUUAAGCAAUGCUGAAGUUUUACUGGUUGAGAAGACACAAACAAUUAAUAAUUUAACUAAUAAUUUAGCUGAAAGAGAUAAGAAAAUUGAACACUUAACCGCCAUUCUGAAGGAGAAUGAGACAGAAUUAGCCACUUAUAAAUCAGAAUUAACAGAGCUAGAGUUAAAACUAAGUUCCCAAAAAGGACCUUUUAAUUUAAAUGCUAAAUUUAUUUCUGAAGAAUAUCGAAAAUCUCUUCAGGAAAAAAUAAGCAAACUGGAAACAUGUUUGGAAAAAGAAAGACAGAAAUCUGAGCAAUGGAUUAAAGAGCGGGAAGUAUUACAAGAGGAACUUCAAAGACUGGUUGUGGAAAAACUGGAUUUAGAGAAAGAUAAUGGUGCCAUAUUAAUCAACUUUAAUAGCGCCCAGUCUCAGUGCAAGGAUUUGAUAAGUUUGAUUGAAUCACUUCAAAAGGAAAAUAAACAUUUCAAAGAAAGAAUAAGACAGCUAGGUGAAAAUGGAUCUCAGAAUUUUGAUUUUGAUGUUAGCUCAGGUCAUAAUACAACUCAUCAAGAGAAGCUAAAGAAAAUGUUAUUAGAUAAGUCAAUAGAACUAGAUACUUUGAAUACAAAAUUAAGAUGUUAUGAGCAAGAUGCUAAGGAAUUACUAGAAUAUAGACAACUAAAAGCUGACAUAUACAAUAAGGACUUCCAAAAAUGUGAUAAUUCAAGUCAUACAAAGGACUUGUUGAUAUUACAAAAUGAUCUCCAGAACUACAGGAGAAUAAUUGACGAUAAAGAUCAGCAAAUACUAACAUUAAAUUUGAAUAACACGGAUCUGAAAGAAAAAAUUGAAGAAAUGCUGUUACAGACACGAAAUGAGAUUCAAAAUAUCUCUUUCAAGUAUAAUGUACCGAAAUUGGAAGUAAUGAGUAAAGAAUUAGAAAAAGCAGAGGAUACUGUGAAAGAAUUAAGUGAAAAAUUAGAGGAAUCAGAGAUACAGAGGUUAAGUUUAUUAAAAAAACUCCAAAGUAAUACUGAAAAAAAUGAAACAGAGAUUAAAAAUGAAUUAGUAAUGUGUCAGGAUGAACUUAAAGAAACUCUCAAAUUGCUUGAAAUUGAAAAAAAUACAAAUAGAGAUAUUUUUAAAGAACUUGAAUGUACUAAAAAUGAAGUGAUGAAUCUAAAAACUAAAAUGGAAGAAUUAAAAAUAAAGAACCAAAAAUUAGAAGAAAAUAUAAAAAAUUCAAAUAAAAACGAGAAAAAACUUGAAGAUGAUAGUUUAAAAAAAGAGUAUGAGCAGUUAAAGGAUCAGCUGAAGCAAGUUAUGCAACAUUUGGAAAAAAGUAAUAUAAAAUCGAAUCAAAAAGAAUCUUCUAGUGUUGUGAAGGAAAUAAAACAUCAAAUGGAUCUGUUUUUAAUAAAUUUAGAGAAUGACAUUGUCGAGAAAGGUGUUUUAGAGGAGCAGAUUUGUUCUUGGAAGAAGUUGCUUGAUGAUAUUGUAGCAAAAGAACCUGACGAAGUAUUAAAAUCACACUACAAGGAGGCUCUAAUAAAUCUUCAUUCUUCUAAUAAGAAAUUAAAAGAAUUGGAAAAUGCAGUUUUGGAACUGAAGAGUACUGUAGCUGUGGUUGAAAAUGAAAAAUUAAGACUUAGUAGUGAACUAAAUGACAAUGUAAAAAGGCUGGAAAAUGCUGAAAGACUUUGUAAAAAAUUGGAGCUUGAAAUUGAUGAAUUGAAGAUGUUGAAAGUAGCAUAUGAUGAACAAUGUCAAAAUAUUGAUGAUUUGAAUCAUCAAUUGGGCGAAACAAUAUCAAACCUACAAUCUAAAGAGACAGAACUUAAAGCGAGAAAAGAUAAAAUGAUACAGAUAGAACAAGAAAAAAUGGAAAUGAAAAAAUGGUUUGACAAAUUGAAACCGGAAAUGGAUAAACUGAGAAACGAAAAUAUAAAAUUGCACAAUGAGCUGAAAAAGGAACAAAAUAAAGGUAAAAAGACGCUUAAAACGACGGGAACACAAGUGUCGUUAGAAAAUGGUCGACAUAGUUCAAAGAAUAAAGAAAACGAAUGUGAUAUAAAUAACAAACUAAUGAAUGCGGAAUUAAAACUAAGAGACGAAAUUCAAAUAGAGUACCAAAAACGCAUAAACGAAAUCGAAAAAAGAUAUAAAAAUAUGUGUAAAGACGUCAAAGAAGUGUCUAAACAAUAUGAAGACAAAUUAGAACAACAAGAAAAACAGUACAAAGAAUAUUUGAAAAUGAUUUUAAAAGAAUGCGAAAAAUGCACUAAAGAGACUGAAAGUGAAAAACUUGAUUUAACCACUCAACUAAAAUCGUUAAAAGAAGAAUUCGAUAAUUACAAGUCAAGUGUUUUGGGAAAUGAGGAGAAAUAUGUAAAACUGCUGAAACAGAUGGAGAAAGUCUCAGAGAAAAAAGUCGAAGCUUGGAGAAAGUGGUCCAAAAAAGUUGUAACCAGCUGUCUAGAUAUUGAGGCUACCAAUAAAAAAGUACGAGAUAAGGUUUUGACUAAUUUGAAGGCCUAUGAUCAGGAGAUCGCCGAAAUACAAAAAGCUUUUGACGCAAAAAUGGAAAAAAAGAAAUCGUCUAAAAAACGCAGCAUCGACUAACUUUAAUUUAUUUAUUAAAUUUGCUCAAUUAUUAAUUCACUAUAGUUAUCUAUACACGUUGUCUAUUUUUUUAUUGUAUCAAAGAGAAAAAAUAUUUUUAAAUAAAAUAGUUUUAAGUACUAAUA